AUGUCGGCAAAGAGAUAUUUUGCUGGUAGGGCCAAUGCCACCCAAGAGAGCGAUAGUGAUAGCAGUGAAGAAGAGGAGAAAGGUGUUCGGCCUGAUGUGGGUAUACAGGUUAAAGAGAUAACCUCGAUAGCACGAGAGGAACCAUCCAGGGUGACGGCAACGGUGAACCAAGAGCAGGAAGCACAAGCUGACGAUGGAAGGUCCUCCGGCUCUUUGAAAAGUUCUGAGGAGAGUUCGGAAGAGAGUUCUGAAGAUAGUUCUGAAGAUAGUUCAGACGACAGCUCUGAGGAGGUCAUCAUGCAAAAACCAGUUUUCGUUAGCCGGAAACAGCGCGAAUCGCAUUCAGUCAUAUCAGUAGAGGCUGACAAGAAUGAACGUGCAUUGAAUGCGAUUGAGAAAGGUAUAAAAUUACAAGCCGAACAGGAAAAGAAGCGGCAACUGGAAGAUAGCUGGCAAGCUGAAGAGGAUACGGGAGAUAUAGACGAUACGGAUCUACCCGACGACAAGGAAGAAUACGAAGCCUGGAGGCUCAGGGAACUUCAGAGACUCAGACUGGACCAUGACAGGCUCAUUCGGAGGGAAUUGGAGAGGGAAAAUAAUGAAUAA